CUUUGUUCAAAGCAGCUACGAUUUGUUGUUAGAGUUAAGUGUGUGUGUCAGAGUUCUGGUGUGCAGCGGUACGCGGUGGCUGUGAAGACCUAUAACUGAUUUAAGUCGGUUGAGGUAGAUCUACCAGCAAAUCAAAAAAAGAUACCUUCACUACAGUAGUAGUCCGACCUUUGUGGUUGGAGCUCACAGCAAACGAAACCACAAAGCUACAGCAAAAAACCACAACACAAAAUGGCUCAGGACAAAGUUACAGAAACUCAUGUUUUGCAAGAACCCAAACAAGAUGAAGAUGAGCAUGACCCCUACUGUUUGAAGUGUGGGAAAAGCAUUGCUCACAACAUUCCCUAUAAAUAUGAAGGGAAAACAUUCCACGCUAGAUGUUUAGUCUGUAACUUUUGUGGGAGAAAUCUAGUGGGAAAACCGUUCAUUGUUGACGACCAAAACUUAUUCUGCGGAGACGUGUGUAAGCAGCGUUUUGAAACCAAUGCACAAGGGGAAAUCAAUGACGUGUGUAAGCAGCGUUUUGAAACCAAUGCACAAGGGGAAAUCAAUGACGUGUGUAAGCAGCGUUUUGAAACCAAUGCACAAGGGGAAAUCAAUGAUAGGCCCUACAGUGAGGAAACUACUUCACUCAGUGAAUCACUGAUAGAAGCACUUGACCGUACUAAGGAUUCUGCACCAAAACCGCUUGGUGCCACGCAUUUAAUAGAUGCAUAUAGACCAGACCCUGACCAAAUUACUGAUUACCCAAGGCACUCUUCCCCCGAUACAACAUCUUCUCGACUCUCACUUGAUGGAUCUAUACGCUCAUACUUCUCAGCAGUUAGUGAAACAAGCCUGGCCUCAGACUACUCUUACGAUGCAAACAGAAAACCAUCAAGGAACAUUUUAAAGAACCCUCAUAAACCUCGUCGAAGGCCAAAGAAAAAUGUUCGAUGGAAUCUUCAAUUUGGUAAUGACAGCGACACUAUGUCACUAGAGUCUUUUGAUUCUGCUAGUACGACUAGCAGUUUGUUCAAUAGAGCAAGAAAUGGAGUGAACGAAACUAGACAAAAUUGGAGAGAAUUUGAAAGAGCCCCAUCACCUGGAAGUACAGGGAUUACUCCAUCAAAGCCCCUCUAUCAUAGGAGAUUUUUGCGGCCAAAUUCUACACCACACAAUACUCCUCAUGGACCACCAUCCAUAUACGUACCAGAGUUAGAGCCUACUCAUGAGGAUGUUCAAUCGUCUUCUUCUCACAGCAGCCUUCUGAAUUCUUCUCAAAGUCAUAUUUGUGGCCCAUCACCUCAAAAUAAAGUUCUGCCUAGUACUUCCCAGAAUAUCAGGUUUACGCGCAAUCCUUCACCUCUAACGAGCACUCCUACCACUGUGCAAAACCAAGAUGCUGGUGGUUUUGAAAAACUGUCUCGCACCAUACUCUCAACAGCUGUGACAAGACGACAGUACAAUGACGAUGGUUAUAGGAGCCCAUCUCCUGGCUACAAAGAUGAACACACUGAGGAAGCAGAGAGUCAGUUGAAUCUUUCAGAUGAUAUCGAUAGUCCACUUAUACUUAAAUUGAAUGAUAGUAAAUUGGCUGAACUUGAAGCAAGCACACUAGAAGACCGUGAAAGAAUGCACAUCUACCAAUUCCCACAACGUUCACAAAAUUCGGAGGCUGCAAAUCCCGUUACAGAAAUACAGCGAACUCUUUCUGUACGAGCUGCAUUGUUGAAUGAUGAUGAUCAAAGUGAUUAUGACCACCUCCUGCCUCGAAAUGUGGGGUCUGACAACAAUUUAAGCAGUGCGCCAAGAGGUCAAACUGUUAUUGCUAAUAUGGUGACAUUGAGAAAGACAAUAGACAAAGCAAGACGAAAAAAUCUAAUAUCGUACACGGAUGAUGACAUUGAAGAUGCUCUAAAAACAAUCGAAGAAGAUGAGACAUCCAGUCAGAGUGGUGAUAAGCCCCCCCCAAUACCUUUAAAACGUGGUAGGAUCAUGUCCUCUCCAGGAGAAGAACAGAUUCCCAUGAUUGAAAAAACAAAUUUAUAUCGGUCCGGUUCAGAUCCAUUAAGGGCUGGUAAAACAUUACUAUCUGGUAGAGUAGAUAUGGAAAGAGAGCUGACUAUCCGACAAGCUCCCAAAGUACCACCUAAAAGUAAGCAAAAAAGAAAUCAACAAAAAAGAUCUCAAAGUUUUUCACCAAGCGACGGAAAGCUAGUACAAAGCACACCUUUUGGUGAAAAUUCAGAAGAGAAUAUUCUUCCACCACCUCCUGAGUUUGCUUCAUCCUCAAUUGACUUUCCCAGUGAAAAAUCCUCCCCAAAAUCUGAUGAUGUUCAAAGUGCAUCGACUAGCACCUUGAUUGCGGAACAAGAUUUAUUCCCAAAAGAUAUGAAGUCUUCAUCUUGUGAUAAAACUUUCACACCUACGUAUCUAACACCUCGGACAGGACAGAAAGAUAGUAAUUUAUUUCCCUUGAAGAUAAAUGACCGGAUAGUGGUGGGAGCGGAGGACCCACAACCUCCUCUCAAUGAUGGCGUAUACAAGGUUCCCAAUCAACCAAAGCCCUCACACUCACACAGCACGAUACAAACAAACUGGCAAGUCCAGAGCAGAGGUAGCACUUUAUCUACACAUGUGACAGAGUACGAGCAAAAAAUAGACAAUCCACGCAGUCCACAAUACAAAGUAAGUAUGGAGACAGCUUUCGCUGAAGGUAACCUUCUCAACAACACUAGUUUUGUUCCGCAAACUCAAACUCAUUUUUACCCUCACGACAAAGCAAAGCGGAUUCAUAUACCACAUAGACCUGCUCCUCUUCCACCUGUAUCAACGAAGAGCUUGACUGACGAACGAUCAACACGAUUUUCUUUAGAGAAUAGGCAGCAAUUGGGUAAACAGGAUACCUCUUUACAGCAGCUGUUAUCUGAUCUUAAUAUUGAAGAUGAUGGUGUGCAGCAUCGUUCACAAAGUUUACCAGGAUGUGUUGUCUGCUUGAAAGCAAUUCAGAUCCCAAGAGAAUGCAUCACAGUUAACACCAAAUCAUAUCACUCAAAAUGUUUCUAUUGCAGCAAGUGUCGUGAGUUGUGCAUGCCUGAUAUAUUCGUAGAUCUACCACUCUUUAAAAUUGAUACAAGGAUAAAACACUUGUACGUAGAUGAGCACGAAUCACAAUUAUUUGAUUCCCACUUUCAUAGUUGGCAGGUGAUCCUUGAAAAUACAUUUCCCACAAUUCUUGAAGAUACAUGUGCUUACGUAUGGUAUAUACAUGUAUAAAUUAUGCUUUAAUUGC